AUGAAGGAAUGCCAUCCAUCUAUCUCAGUCUAUUCAUAUCUAUCUAUCUAUCUAUCUAUCUAUCUAUCUAUCUAUCUAUCUAUCUAUCUGAGUGAUCUAUCUAUCUAUCUAUCUAUCUAUCUAUCUAUCUAUCUAUCUAUCUAUCUAUCUCUCUUCGUCUUCUGUUCGUAUCAUUCAUCUAUCUAUCUAUCUAUCUAUCUAUCUAUCUAUCUCUUAGUUCGUAUUUAUCUAUCUCAGUCUGUUCGUAUCUAUCUAUCUAUCUAUCUAUCUAUCUAUCUAUCUAUCUAUCUAUCUGAGUGUUCUAUCUAUCUAUCUAUCUAUCUAUCUAUCUAUCUAUCUAUCUACCUAUCUAUCUAUCUAUCUAUCCAUCUAUAUCUUCGUCUGUUCUCUGUUCGUAUCUAUCUAUCUAUCUAUCUAUCUAUCUAUCUAUCUAUCUAUCUUAGUCUGUUCGUAUUUAUCUAUCUCAGUCUGUUCGUAUCUAUCUAUCUAUCUAUCUAUCUAUCUAUCUAUCUGAGUGUUCUAUCUAUCUAUCUAUCUAUCUAUCUAUCUAUCUAUCUAUCUAUCUAUCUAUCUAUGCUUCUUUCUUUUUUUUCAGUACUCAAGAAAGUUUCUUUCUUUUUUCGUAACUUUUAUUUCUUUCUUUCUUUCUUUCUUUCUUUCUUUCUUAACUCUAAUUUAUUUUCUUCCUUUUUUCUUUUUAUGACUUCUAUUUUUCUUUCUUUUUCGGAACUUCUAUAUCUUUCUUUCUUUCUUUUUUCUUUCUUUCUUUCUUUUUAUUUCUCUUUAUUCCUUUUCCUUUCAUUAUUUUUUCGUAAAUUUUCUUUCUUUCUUUCUUUCUUUCUUUCUUUCUUUCUUUCUUUCUUUCUUUCUUUAACGAUGAUAUUUUCCCAAUUCUUUUUCCCCCGUUUGUUUUCUCUCCUCACCACCCCCCAGUUCUCACUCUCCUUUGUAAAUUAUUCUGCCUCCUUCCUUUUCCCCACUCUCUUUCCGUCUCCUCCCACCCUUUCCAAACUCCUUUUAUUUUCUGCCAAACACAUUCUUCGACGUAGAACCAAAACUGUCAUCCUUCGUUGCCACUGGCAUUCUGAUGUAGCGAUAACAUUUCCACAUUUUCUCCCGCAUCAUCAUCAACACCCCAACGCCGCCGCCGCCGCCGUUGCCACGCGUUGA